AUCCGUAGGAAAUGUCUCUUUGAAUUAUUAUAUGAAGUGAGCUAGUGAGAGAGGGAAGAGGAGUUGCCUUCAAACAACUUCCACCUCCCUUCCCCUUCGCCAAAGCCAGCAGAUAAAUAAAAUAAAAAUAAAUAAACAAACCUAAAUAAUCUCCCUCCAUUGACCAGCAUUAAUGACCAUCUUCUAUCUCCAAUCUCAAUAUCAAACCCUAAAACAAUUCAAUAAUAAUGGGCGCGUGCGUCUCUUCUUCUCAGAGAGUAUCCGGUUCCAGCGCUCGCCAAGAUCAGCGGGAUCCAAACCACCGGCAGCAGCAGCAGCAGAGAUCGACGUCGAGGAGAUCAUCCUGUGGAAAAAGAACAGAUUUUGGGUACGCCAAAGAUUUCGAGGGCAGGUACGCAAAGGGAAAGCUCCUCGGCCAUGGCCAGUUUGGGUACACCUUUGUAGCCACUGAUAAGAGCAAUGGGGACCGAGUCGCCGUCAAGAGAAUAGAUAAGAACAAGAUGGUCCGUCGCAUUGCUGUUGAGGAUGUUAAGCGUGAAGUGAAAAUAUUGCAAGCCCUAAAAGGACAUGAGAAUAUUGUUCAUUUCCAUAAUGCAUUUGAAGAUGAUGAUUAUGUGUAUAUUGUGAUGGAAUUAUGCGAAGGAGGAGAGCUACUAGAUCGAAUUUUAGCCAAGAAAGAUAGCCGUUAUACUGAAAAGGAUGCUGCAAUAGUAGUCCGUCAAAUGCUUAAAGUGGCAGCUGAGUGUCACUUGCAUGGUUUGGUACAUCGAGACAUGAAGCCAGAGAACUUUCUUUUUAAGUCAACAAAAGAGGAUUCACCACUCAAAGCUACUGAUUUUGGUCUAUCAGAUUUUAUAAAGCCUGGGAAGAAAUUCAAGGACAUUGUCGGGAGUGCUUACUAUGUUGCUCCUGAGGUACUGAAUCGCAACUCUGGGCCCGAAUCAGAUGUUUGGAGCAUAGGCGUCAUAACCUACAUAUUACUUUGUGGAAGACGACCCUUCUGGGAUAAAACUGAAGAUGGAAUAUUCAAGGAGGUUCUUAGAAAUAAGCCAGAUUAUCGUCGGAAACCCUGGCCAAUAAUAAGUGAGAGCGCCCAAGAUUUUGUUAAAAAGCUACUGGUUAAGGAUCCUCGUGCAAGGCUGACUGCAGCUCAGGCUUUGUCACAUCCAUGGGUAAGAGAAGGUGGAGAAGCAUCAGAAAUUCCAUUAGAUAUAUCUGUGCUAUCAAACAUGUGUCAAUUUGUGAAGUACAGCCGUUUUAAGCAAUUUGCACUUCGGGCGCUCGCGAGUACACUCAAUGAUGAGGAACAGGCUGAUCUACGUGAUCAGUUUGAUGCAAUUGAUGCUGAUAAAAAUGGCUCCAUCAGCCUUGAAGAAAUGAAACAAGCACUUGAGAAAGACUUUAGUUGGAGCUUGAAGGAACCACGUGUUUUGGAGAUUCUUCAAGCGAUAGACACCAACACAGAUGGGCAGGUGGAUUUUUCUGAAUUUGUGGCGCUACAUGUGCAUCAGCUGGAGGAGCACGACUCUGAAAAGUGGAAACUCCGUUCUAAAGCUGCCUUUGAGAAGUUUGAUGUGGACAAAGAUGGGUAUAUCACACCUGAGGAACUACGGAUGUACACAGGAAUGAAGGGUUCAAUUGACCCCUUAUUAGAGGAGGCUGACAUCGACAAGGAUGGAAGGAUAAGUUUAGCCGAAUUCCGCAGGCUCCUGAGAACUGCAAGCCUGAGUUCUCGUAAUGUGCCCGCUCCUUCCUGUUUCAAGAAUUCAGGCAAGUUAUAGAACACGUCGAUCUUCAUCCAAACGGGACAAGAACAAGCUGAUAGCGCCUAUGAGCACCAAAAUCUGCUUCUUCUUAUGCAGGCUCACGUUUGCUAUUGAGAUGUUAUCUUGAAAGACCGGCUAUCCUUUUGUUUCCUUUUGUACAUUGUAGGUGGAACACGAGAGGAUCUUCAUGCCACUCAUGAUCCUAUCUAAUUAUUAUAUACAAAUUAAUAUGGUUACAUGCUACUUUGUAGAGACUUUGUUUAUAAUAGUGUUUAGUAACGGAUAAUGGUUUCUGCUC